AUGAAUUCUGAUACGCAACCCGAAACGGCGUCGUUCUGGUGUUACAGUUGCACCCGCUUCGUUAAUCUCUCAGAUCACAGUAUCGUCGUUUGUCCACACUGCGAGAGCGGUUUCGUUGAAGAGAUCCAAGCCGGCGAGUCGCCGCACCACCACCGACUUAGUCCGUUCACCGACGACGCGGUUUCUACCAGGAGACAAGGCUUUCGCCGCCGUAGACGCGACGCGGGAAGUCGGUCGCCGUUCAAUCCUGUCAUCGUGCUUCGCGGAGCCGGGGAAGAUGGUGCUGAUCAAGAAGGCGGUAGCGCGUUUGAACUGUUUUAUGAUGACGGUGAUGGUUCUGGUCUUCGUCCUUUACCGCCGACGGUCUCGGAGUUUUUGCUUGGAUCUGGAUUUGAUCGGUUGUUGGAGCAGUUUUCGCAGAUCGAGAUGAAUGGAUUUGGACGGCCGGAGAAUCCGCCGGCGUCGAAGGCAGCUAUUGAGUCUAUGCCGACGGUUGAGAUCUGUGAGGAACAGGUUGGUUGCGAAUUGCACUGUGCGGUUUGUAAAGAAGAGUUUGAGUUAGGUGUGGAGGCGCGUGAGUUACCUUGCAAGCAUAUUUAUCAUUCCGAUUGCAUUCUUCCAUGGCUGUCGGUGCGGAACUCGUGCCCGGUGUGCCGUCACGAGCUUCCUUCUGAUCUUAAUAACCCUUUAGAAUCUAGGGUUUCUGGACAAAUUGAUGAAGAAGCGAUUGGGUUAACAAUAUGGAGGUUACCCGGAGGUGGAUUUGCUGUCGGGAGAUUCUCCGGUGGACGGAGUGCAGGGGAGAGUCAUUUUCCGGUUGUGUACACGGAGAUGGAUGGUGGGCUCAAUGCAAACGGAGCACCGAGGAGAAUUUCUCGAACGGUGAGAAGUCAUAGGGUUAGGGAAAGUCGGGGAAUCGGAAGAGCUUUUCGUAAUUUCUUCUCAUUCUUUGGGAGAAUCGGUUCUAGGUCAAAUUCUGGUUCUGAGAAUGUUUCUAUGAGUAGAAGCCGUAGCUUAGUGAAUUCAUUGUUCAAUAGAAAUUCGCGCAGACCUAGGAGAACUUUGGACUUGGAAGAUUGA